AUGGGGGACAAUUUGAAUGUCAGCUCCACAGAGAAAAACCUAGACGGGGAGAGCAGCAACUACAGCGUUCUUAACUGGGAGCAAGUGAAGCGUUUGGACGCCAUCCUAACCGAAUCCAUUCCUAUCCACGGUCGCUGGAACUUUCCAACGUUGGAGAUGAAGCCCCGGGAUAUAGUCAAAGUGGUCCGGUGUCGGAUGCAAGAAAGAAAGAUUAACAUCCGAGAGGUUCGUUUAAACGGCUCUGCAGCUAGUCAUGUUCUGCAUGAAGACAGCGGGUUGGGGUAUAAGGAUCUUGACCUCAUAUUUUGCGCUGACUUAAAAAGCGAAAUGGAAUUUCAGACCAUCAAAGACAUCGUUUUAGACUCGCUCUUGGAUUUCUUACCAGAAGGUGUGAACAAGGAAAAGAUAACACCCGUUACCUUAAAAGAGGCCUAUGUGCAGAAGAUGGUGAAGGUGUGCAAUGACUCAGACCGGUGGAGCCUUAUCUCCCUCUCCAACAACAGUGGCAAGAAUGUGGAGCUCAAAUUCGUGGACUCGCUGCGCAGGCAGUUUGAGUUCAGUGUGGACUCUUUCCAGAUCCGCCUUGACUCUCUCCUGCUGUUUUAUGAGUGCUCAGAGAACCCCAUGGCUGAGACGUUCCACCCAUCCAUCGUAGGUGAGAGCGUGUACGGUGACUUUGCCGUGGCUCUCGAUCACCUGCAGCGCAAGCUGAUCUGCACCCGCAACCCAGAAGAGAUCAGGGGCGGCGGUCUGUUGAAAUACUGCCACCUACUGGUGCGGGGUUUCCGUGCCGCGUCUGAGGCGGAGAUGAAGCUUCUAGAACGCUACAUGUGCUCCCGCUUCUUCAUUGACUUCUCGGAUGUGACCGAGCAAAGGCGCAAGCUGGAGUCCUACCUGCAGAACCAUUUUGUGGGGUUGGAAGACCGCAAAUACGAAUACCUGACCACUCUUCAUGACGUGGUCAACGAGAGUACGGUGUGCCUGAUGGGCCACGAGAGGCGGCAGACGCUGAGCCUCAUCACCAUGUUAGCGGUCCGCGUGCUGGCGGAGCAAAACGUCAUUCCCAACGUGGCUAACGUCACCUGCUACUACCAGCCGGCACCUUAUGUGUCAGACGGUAAUUUCAGCAACUACUAUAUCGCCCAGGUGCAGCCCGUGUACACCUGCCAGCCCAUGCACACCUUCUCUCCAUGGCUGCCUUGCAACUGAGCCAAACCAGGCAUGGAGGGAGACCACAAAUGGACACACAUGGACUCAGCUUGACCCAUUAUUGCUGGUCACAUUGUUGAAUGGGAUGACCUGUCCCUCGUUCCUGUUGGGAGAAGUUAAAUUUCUUGUUUGUUUUUAUUUUUCUCGUGUGGAAGAUGGGGUUGGCUGGAUCAUGCCGAGGUAAAGUUAUUGCAUCCCUCAAAAUGAUAGAAAGGAAGAGAUAGAAAGAAAGAAAGAAAGGAAGAAAGAAAGAAAGAAAAGAGAUUUGGAGAAGUGAGAUCACUAAGGCUCGUGCAGGCGGUGCAAUCUGACCAGGUUUCAGUGGCUCUCUGCCAGGGCCAGGGACGGUCACACACAGGCCAAGAGCCUGCACCACAGAGAGACACAUCCUGAACUACCCACUUUCUGAGGGUUGCAUCUGGAGCCCGGUGCAGUGGCAUAAAAGAAACUUUCUCAUUUUGAGAAGCUCUCCCAAGUUCUGGCCCAUAUGUGCUUCAGAUUUGUGCAUAGGCCCCGCGAACAC